UUCCCGCGACUGCUGUGGUUAAACUGCUGUCGACAACCAACGCCUGAGGUAGAGAGACGGAGAGGGCGAGGUAUUGCGCCCACCGCUAUUGCCAGAGUUAGCAGUGUCCCGAUCCAACCAAGGUGGAAGAUAUCGAAAGGCUGUUGUUGGUCUCUGCUGGAGGUACUGCUGUAGAUUGCCCGAGUGAUGUCCACCGCUGCACCCGACAAAGAGCAUGAGGAGGUAGCCUCAGCAACAGUAGAAACAACAACACCAACAGCAGUAUCCCCAGCAGCAGAGUUAGCAGAAGCGCCGACCGUCCGGCGACGAGACACGAUGAGUAGCGACAACAGCGCGCCACCGAGGCUUCGCCGGCCCCGGCAAGCGCAGCACCAGCACCAGAGCACAGCAGUGUCCUCGCCGAGCGAGGCAGCAGGCGAAGAGUGCCUGAACCAGCAACAACGGCAACCGCACGACGCGACACCGCCGACCCCGGGAGAGACUGCUAGAGGGUCGAGACCCUCGGCGCUCGGCGCGAGCCCCGCGAUGGCAUGGAAACGGCAUCCGCCGUGCCCGAAGUGUUGUAGCUGUUGUUGUGGUGGUGCUGCUAUGAUGUCCAUGGUGGAGACUAAGGGGAACGGGGGGGCGGCCGGAGAGAACUGGAGCUUGAAGAAUGUGGCCGCGUGGAGAGGUGGCGAGUGGCUAGGGCUGCUUCGGAAGCGGCGAAGGUCGGCUCCUGACGUCUCACGCGAGUCGUGCGCCGUCGGUAAUUCGCGAAUCAACAACAUCGACAACAGCAGCGGCAGCAGCGUUUGCCGAAAGCAACGGAAACUCGGCUUUCAAGCAGGUAGCUCUAGCUCCGGCACCGGCACCAGCGGCGGCGGCGGCGGCAGGGCCUCCAGGGGCAGGCGGGUCUUGGCGUGGGCGAGGAGGCUGGGGCUCGCCUUUUGCCUGGCGUGGUUGUCGUGUGUCGCCGUGCGGGAGUUCUACAUCCGAACCUACUGCCUGCAGGUCCGCGCCAUGGAGGCCACCCAGCCUCCAAGAGGAGAGUGUCCCAUCGUCAAGCUCACAAGGGAGUCCCGAGGAGGCUGGGGGGCACCGCCGGUUGUAGCAGGGCGUGGGGUCGGGGGGGGCGCCGGCGCUAUGGAGGAGGGGUUAGACGACAAGGGUAGAGGCGCCGCGGUUGCCCCAGCGGGAGGAGGCGGGGAGAGGGGCGGGCUACGGUUCGGCAUCAUUCUGAUGUGCGACGAAGGCAUGUGGCCUAAAGAGUAUUCGGAGAAGUCCAUUGCGAACAAGAAGGCGUACGCCGCUCUCCACGGGUACGACGUGAUCGUUGCCACGAGCGCGGAUAUCGACCGGAGUCGCCCGGCGGCGUGGAGCAAGCUCCUGGUGCUCAGCAAGCACCUCGGGAGCUACGACUACGUCAUCUUUGUCGACAUCGACGCGUUCGUGAUGAACCCGGCUUUCAAGCUGGAAUGGCUCCUCGACGUGGCCAGGAAGCAGCAGCAGACGGGGGAGAUAGACGGAUGGGGGGCGGGCAAUGGAUCGGACCUGAUCGUCACGCAAGACUGGAACGGACCCAACUCCGGCGUGAUUCUGGUAAAGAACUCUGACUUCUCGCGGUGGCUCCUGCAGGAGUGGUGGGAUCAGAAGCAGUUCGUCGACGGGCCGUAUCCCUUCCACUACGAGCAGCGCGCGAUGCACUACCUCCUCCAGACGGACUGCUGGAAGGAAGAGGGACUGCCGUUCUACGCGGACUACGCGGUGGUGAGGGCGCACACGGCCGUGCUGGACCAGUGCGCGAUGAACAGCUACCUGGUGCACCCCUGGCAGGUGCUGCUGGGCCGGACCAGCGUCGGCAGCGCGGCGAGCUACGAGUCGGGCGACUUCAUGCUCCACUUUGCCGGCAAGAAAGGAAGGGUCAGGCUCGAGCUCGUCGACUACUACUACCCCAGGGCCAAAAAGGCCGUAGAAGAGUACGCGGCAAGCCUGCAGCAGGACCCAGGGCAAGCAAAUCGGAGUGCCCCGAGCGUCUCCGUUGGUGUCCACGGCGCCCCCGGGGGCGACGUGCAUCCACCGCCUUCCAGGAUGCAGGGGGGGGGCGGAGGGGGAAGCCUUCGAGGCUCGGGGUGAAAAAAUAUCGGGAGGAGCUUCUCUGUACCCUUCAACCACCCAUUAGCAGACAAUAUGUUUCGCCGUGUGUAGUUUUUUUCCAGGCAUUUCUGUGGAACAUUUCACACCAUGUUUUGUAGGAACUUGAUGUUUCGGAAUGUUCAUGCGACUGGUUUUUGAAGGGAGCGAAGGGGGUGAGUUUGGGCGGGAGUUCGUUUUUUUGGUGGAGUGGAAGCGAUUCGUGCGCGCUAGCUACACUGGCAUAUCGGACACUCUCUCCGUGAAGGUGUCAUCCAACGUUUCCCAAGCCGUGUAGAACUACCAUUCCAUCAGCAGCUUGUUGUUAGCUGGGUGCAGAUCGUGAUCGUAUACCCCGCAUGCCUCAUUGGGGUGUGUUUUUUUUUUCCGUCCACCCUCCUGUAAUGUAGACUACCCGUGAGCAGGAGUCUUUCGAAAUGUAGAUUGUGUCAUGACUACGAGCGAAACAUGUUGGUGGUCUCUCUUCUCUGUGAUUGUACCCCGCUUGCCCCAAGAUAGUAGGAGCGUGGUAUGCAUCUGUGUAGAAAAGCUGUGGUUGAGUGUUUUAUGUUUUGUUUUGUUUCGGUGAUGCGAAGUGGUUUUUGUAGACACCGCGUUUGGGUGUAUGUAUUGUAGUCUACCUGUUCGUUUUUUUAACUCGUUUGUAAAUACAUUUGCAUGGGGUGUGCUUAAUAAAACUUGAAGGCCGACUUCGUUGUGGCCGGAAAAUGCACCAACCAACCAGGGGUGAAACUGAGCCAUCUUUUUUACCGGUU